AUGCCCAGCCAGUCUGCUGAUUUGAUCUCCUUCGCUAAGGGAGCACACCAGUUGACGAGAGAGCCGUUUCAGUUCAAGGAGCGGUCCUCGGAUGGCAUUAUCGGUCUCUAUCGUGGUUUCUUCCCUUCCAUCCUUGGUAUCGUCAUCUAUCAUGGUCUCUACUUUGGUGGCUACGACUCACUCAAGCCCGUUGUUCUCGUUGGUCCUCUUGAGGGUUCCUUCCUGACUUCAUUCGGUCUUGGUUGGGGUGUCACUGUUGGUGCUAGUCUCCUUUCCUACCCUAUUGAUACUGUCCGUUGUCGCAUGAUGAUGACUUCCAGAUCCGGUGUCAACUACAAGUCCACAUUUGACGCUGGUUCUCAAAUCGUCGCCAAGGAGGGCGUCAAGUCGUUGUUCAAAGGUGCCGGUGCCAACAUUCUCUGUAGUGUUGCUGGUGCUGGUGUGCUGGCUCUAUAUGAUAAGCUUCAGGAAAUCAUGUUCGGCAAGGUCUACUCUGGAGGAUCCGGUUAA